AUGAACUUCUACUCUCUCUUCCUCUUCCUCAUCCUUGUCAUCGCUCUCGUCGCCGGAGACGACAAUUCGGUUCCGAAGAAGAAAAGGAAGGAAUUCGCAUUCCAAAAAGGACUGAUUCCGGUCAGUGACGAUCAUAAACCGAUCGAGGAGGACAGCAUUGUCGUCGGCGAAUCGGUGGAGGACAGCAGCGAACAGGAACCCGCCAUUAUCGGAAUUUAG